AGUACUACGAAGUCAUCAUGCAUGGUGCAAGUUACGAUCCGCGGAUAAGCGAGUCUGAUGGUUCGAACUGUAAUGGCGUUACCAAUCGUGGAUUCUUCCAGGAUCUGGUGGACGAAGGCAUUAAGCCGGAGAAGGCCGCCGCACCAGGGCUAGCUCCGUUGGCAGUGGCCAGACCUCUUUACCAACAGGAGGAGCUGAACGAAGAGAUGCAGUACAGUGUUCCCGAGCGGCACUUGGUUCGGGAAGCGUUGAACAGCGUCAAGGGGUGGAGUGCGAAGGGAUGUGCCAAGAGUGUGUUUCCGAUUGUCGGGUGGAUGUCGCAAUAUUCGUUGAAACGGGACAUCGUGUCGGAUCUGAUCAGUGGCUGUACGGUGGCGGUGAUGCACAUUCCCCAGGGCAUGGGGUACGCACUUCUGGCCAAUGUGCCUCCGAUUGUGGGAAUCUAUAUGGCGUUCUUUCCGGUGUUGGUGUACUUUGUGCUGGGAACUUCGAGGCAUAACUCGAUGGGAACGUUUGCCGUAGUGACGAUAAUGAUGGGCAAAAUAGUGUUGAAGCAUUCCAAUGAGGAGGUGGGUCCGAUGCAGGUUGCGACGACCGUUUGCUUCAUUGUCGGGAUCAUGCAGCUGAUAAUGUACGUUGGCCGACUGGGAGUCAUUUCCUACCUGCUGUCGGACACUUUGGUUUCCGGAUUCACCACUGGUGCCGCCAUCCACGUGCUCACAUCGCAGAUCAAAGAUCUCCUCGGACUGUCGUUGCCUCCCCAGGGUGGAAAUUUUGAAGUGAUAAACACUUACAUCGCCAUCUUUACGGACAUUGCCAGCGUCAACUGGGCGGCCAUCGUGAUAUCUGCCAUUACGAUUGUGGUAGUGAUGAUAAACAACGAAUAUCUGAAGCCCAUUGUCGCCAAGCGAAGCACCAUUCCCGUUCCAAUCGAGCUGAUUGCGGUCAUCGGUGGGACCUUGAUUUCGAAAUAUGUUGAUCUACACGGACAGUAUGCGAUCAAGACAAUCGGCAACAUUCCAACGGGAUUUCCAGAACCCGCCCUACCGGACACCUCGCUGAUGCAAACGCUCCUGCUCGAAAGCUUCCCAGUUGCCAUGGUCGCGUACGCCGUGUCCGUCUCGAUGGCCCUCAUCUUUGCCCAGAAGGAAAACUACGAAAUUGACUUCAAUCAGGAGCUGCUGGCCAUGGGCACCAGCAACGUGUUCGGAUCGUUCUUCUCCUGUCUGCCCUUUUCGGCGUCUCUUUCCCGUUCGAUGAUCCAGUACACGGCGGGUGGCAAAACGCAAAUCGCCUCCGUAGUUUCCUGCGCCAUUUUGGCCAUUGUACUGCUUUGGGUGGGACCGUUCUUCGAGCCCCUGCCGCGGUGCGUCCUGGCUGGGAUCAUUGUGGUCUCGCUGAAGGGACUGCUCAUGCAGCUCACGCAUUUCCGACAAUUCUGGCGACUCAGCACCGUGGAUGCCAUCGUUUGGAUGGGAACUUUCCUGACGGUGGUCCUGGUGGCCAUCGAUAUCGGGCUGCUUGUCGGGAUGGUGCUCAGCAUUUGCAGCAUCUUCUUCCGCGGUAUGAAGCCGUACACAUGCCUGAUGGAGAACGUCCCCAAUACGGAUCUGUAUCUGGAUGUAAAUCGCUACAAAGGCACAAUCGACAUUUCUGAGGUGAAAAUCUUCCACUUUUGCGGCAGUAUGAACUUCGCCACCAGGGCUGGCUUCAAAGCGAGUUUGUGCGAAGCGUUGAAGCUGAAUCUCACCAAGGAGAUCAAAAAAUCCAAACGGAAGGACUACAAAAAGCAGUUCAGCUUCAGGUUUCUGGUGCUGGAUUUCACGGCCUUGAGUAACAUCGAUCCAUCGGCGGUGUCCGCGCUUAAGGUUUUAAUCACGGAGUUCGGUAAGCUUUCGGUGAAGGUUCUGGUGGCUGGAUCGUCCUGCCCGGUGUACGAGAGGAUGGUCCGGUGUAAGCUGAUCGGUUCGGAAGACCAUGAGUACUGUAAGAUAUUCCCUACCGUGCACGACGCGGUACUCUGGGCAAGGGAGACCUCAGCGAACGAUUCCGUGAAUCUGAGUAUCGUGGAAUCGGAGGAAGCGUGAGAUGCGGUGAUUGGUGAAUUUGUUAGUUGAUAGUCUUUCGGAUUAACGCGGGUAACAGGUUUUAAUGUUACGCCUCGAAAUGUGCCUCUUUAUAGUUUGUAACACCAUUGCUCAAAUGUUGAUUGGAAAGGGGUCACCUUUCCAGUCGAUCGAGGGCGAAGUUCUCAGUAUUUUGAUAGUGGAUUAAAUAUUAUCGUUGGAAAUGA